UUGUAAUUUAUAACAUAGUUUCCCUUAAAAAACAACAACAUAGUAAUUGCAUUGUUGAUCCUAAAUCAGUAAAUCCUGAUCCUGAUACAUGAUUUUGGGUAUCUGAUUCAGGAAUUCACCACUAAUCAGGAAUUCUGGUUUGCUUUUUCUGCACCAAAAAAGAAAUCAACUUUCUCUCUCUUCCUGGUUUGUUUUUGCAGCAAAAGAUAUCAUCAAGGUAAGAGAGAGAGAGAGAGAGAGUGGUUGUUGCAGUGGCCGUCCAAGCUGGAAACUUUAUCAUAUUUAAGCGACACCCCAUUAUUAAAAAUCGAAACUUUCCUCAUCCUCUUCUCCUUGUUCUCAUUCUCGUGUCUUUUUCUGUCAACAUUGAUUUCUCUCUCUUCAAAUUGUCAAAUUGUGAUGACGCCAGAGCAGGAGAAGGAGCAGGAGAAGGAGAAGGAGCAGUUGCUGAUUGAUGCUGAGAUGAAGAGGUACAGGAAUGGUGAAAUCUGGGAUUUUGAGGAUGACAUCAUGCCUGUUUCUGAUGGUGAAACUGGUGGUGUCUUGUUGGGUUUGGAUGGUGGGACCACCUCCACUGUCUGCAUUUGCAUGCCUAUGAUUCCUUUUUCUCAUUCUCAGCUUCAAUCUCUUCCUAUCCUUGCAAGGGCUGUUGCUGGUUGCUCUAAUCACAAUAGUGUUGGAGAAAUUGCUGCAAGGGAAACGUUAGAGCAAGUUAUGGCAGAUGCACUGUCAAAAUGUGGUUCAAAACGAUCUUCAGUCCGUGCUGUUUGUAUGGCUGUAUCUGGUGUUAACCAUCCAACAGAUCAACAAAGAAUUCUCAGUUGGCUUAGGGGUAUAUUCCCAAGUUACGUGAGAUUACAUGUUCGGAAUGAUGCUGUAGCUGCUCUGUCAAGCGGAACAAUUGGUAAACUUCAUGGAUGUGUAUUGAUUGCGGGCACGGGGACCAUUGCAUAUGGAUUUACUGAAGAUGGAAAAGAAGCAAGGGCUGCUGGUGCCGGACCUGUCUUAGGUGACUGGGGGAGUGGAUAUGGAAUAUCUGCGCAGGCAUUAACUGCAGUAGUUAAAGCGCAUGAUGGUCGUGGUCCAAGUACAAUGCUUACGAGUAGUAUUUUACAAACGCUUGGUCUUUCUUCUGCAGAAGAAUUAAUAGGGUGGACCUACGCAGAUCCAUCUUGGGCGCGCAUUGCUGCACUUGUUCCAGUUGUGGUGUCAUGUGCAGAAGCUGGGGAUGAGGUUGCAAAUAAGAUCUUGCAAGAAUCUGUGCAAGAGCUGGCUUCAAGUGUAAAAGCUGUUGUAGGGAGACUUGGAUUGUGUGGCAAAGAUGGAAAUGAUGAUUUUCCCCUUGUCAUGGUUGGUGGUGUUCUCGAAGCAAACAGGAGAUGGGAUAUAGGAAAAGAAGUCGUAGAUUGCAUUUCCAAGUACUUUCCUGGGGUACUUCCAAUUAGACCUAAGGUGGAGCCUGCUGUUGGGGCAGCCUGGUUAGCUUGGAGUUUUUUCAUGAAAGAAUAUCACAAGGAAUUAUGCAGCAGCUGACAAUUGAUGGACUUGAAUAAGAGAAAAAAAAUCAUAAAGUAAACGAAAAGAGAAAGCUACUUCUCUCAAUUCUUGGUGACUGAAAGUGUAAAUUACAUAAUGCUGAAACUGUGAAGCCAUAAAGUGAACUUGCUAUGCCAUAUAGUUUUUUUGUACAAUCCAUAAUUUAUAUUAUAUUAGCUUAUGGCUUGUGGUAGGCUUUAGUUACUCCCCCUCUCCUUGCUGCCCCCAAUUGUUUUCUUGUCAACUUUAGAUCACAUAAAUGCUGAUGUAAAUAAUUUAUAUUGUUAAUCAUAAUAGAGCUGUUUUUUUUUUGUCUCAAAAA